CCUAAUCGCCAUGGCCACACCACCACUCUCCAGUCUCCACCUCCGCGGCGAUGCGGAGCAGCAGCCAUGGAGGUGCUCAGCUCCAGCCGCUUCUCUAGGGUUUUCCCCAGCAGCCUCCUCAGCCCCGUCUCCAAGCCGCUCAAGCCCCCGCGCCACCGCCGCCGCCGCGUCCAGACGCUAUCCUCCUCGUCCUCCGAUGCCGCGGCGGCGCCGUCCACGCCGCCGCCAGUGUGGCCGCCCGCCUCGCUCUCCCGGCUCCUCGCCGCGGCGCUGCGGGGAGGGCGCGCGGGAGGGGAGCUCCCGGACCUAGCCGUGGGGGCGGGGGCGGCGGCGACGGCGGCGGGGGGAGGGGCGAGGAUAGGGACGCUGCUGAUGAGCACGACGGCGGCGGCGGUGACCAAGGCGCGGGAGAACCCGUACAUCCUGGCGCUCGCGGCGAACCCAACGUUCGUGUCGGGGCUCGUGGCGUGGGCGGUGGCGCAGGCGGCCAAGGUCGUGCUCACCUCGUUCGUGGAGCGGCGGUGGGACCUGCGGAUGCUGUUCAGCUCCGGCGGGAUGCCGUCGUCGCACACGGCGCUCUGCACCGCGCUCACCGCCUCCGUCGCGCUCUGCCACGGCGUCAGCGACUCGCUCUUCCCUGUCUGCCUCGGGUUCACAUUGAUAGUCAUGUAUGACGCCACGGGCGUCAGGCGCCACGCGGGGAUGCAGGCCGAGGUACUCAAUAAGAUCGUUGAGGACCUGUUUCAAGGCCAUCCAAUUAGUGAAAGAAAACUGAAAGAGUUGUUAGGGCAUACUCCAUCACAGGUUUUUGCCGGCGCUUUGCUAGGCAUCAUGGUGGCCUGGUUCUGUUGUCAGGGCUGUAUUGUUCCCAUUUGACUGCUGUUGUACUUCAGAAAUGGAAAAAUCGUUUUGACACGAAGAUUUUUGGUGCAUCUGGUGUAACCAUUGUUCCAGGAGAUAGCUAAUUUUAUUUCCUGGCCUGUUUGCCUGUACAUAUAUGUAACUCAAUAGCAGGGAUAGCCACGAAUUUGAUAUUCUCAAUUCAUAGUUGAGAUUUAAGUCCUUUUCUGAUCUGAUUGACAUCAUUGAAUGUAGGAGUGUUUUGCUCUUAGAUCUGAAAAUUCUGGAGUUACCCUGUACAACCACUGUGAUCAAGAAGCCAUAAUUUGGGCAUAUUAUCUCUGUAUCAUAUAGUGAAACCAAUGCUGAUUGUUACUGGCUUCAGUCAAACAAA